AUGGAUGAUUAUCAAGAGAUGGAAAGGUUUGGCAUGGAGAAGGAUUACGAGGACGGCCAAUGGAUCGGCGGCGAGUUCUAUUAUCGCAAGCGCAAGGAUAAGCGCGUCCAGACCAAAGACGAUGUACUCUACGGCAUAUUCUCUGCCGAUUCCGACGACGAUGAUGAAGACAACGAGGGCUCCAGAAAACGCAGGAAAGAUCGAAAGGUCGUCGACCUUACCAAGCCCGUCAAUUUCGUCUCCACCGGCAUCGUCAUGCCCAACCAGGAGAUGGACAACAAUUCAAAGCAGCAAAACGAUGAACUCGGCGCUACCGGCGUUGCCACCAGUGGCCUUGGCUUUGGUGCCGCUACGGCUUCAGGUUUGGGUUUUAAUAAUUUGAAUUCCGGUUUAGGUUUUAAUUCGAAUUCGGAUCCCACCGGUGGAGAGGAGGAGGAUGAGGAAAAUGACAGCAAUUUUCUGCCGACGGCGUUUGGGAAGAAAAUAAAGGAGGGAGCAGAGAGGAGACAGAAGGAGAGGGAAAAGCUCAAGUUGCUGAAGCAAACUACUAUCCAAUCUCGAAGUCGAAGAGAUUCUGAAGAAUCUCAGUUUGGACUAGGAGGAGCAAGGGGGGGCGGCGGGGAUGGGGACCUGGGGGCCUUUGAGAAACACACCAAGGGCAUUGGGAUGAAGAUGCUUAAGAACAUGGGCUACAAAGGAGGUGGACUUGGCAAAAACCAGCAAGGGAUUCUCGCUCCUAUUGAAGCCAAGUUGAGGCCAAAAAAUAUGGGUAUGGGUUUUAAUGAUUACGAGGAGACUAAAAUCAAGAGGCCUGGCUUGCAAGAAUUGGAAGCUGAAAAGCUGAGCAAGCCUUUGCCCGCUGUCAAUUCCUCCACCACCACCAAAAAGAGCAUUUCCUGGAAAAAGGCUGUUGCCAACAGGGCUAAUAAGGACCACUAUGUCUCUGCCAAGGAGUUGUUAGCCAAGAAGCAGGAAGAGAGUACCGAGGUCUUUGUGCACAAGGUGGUUGAUAUGCGCGGACCCCAGGUUCGAGUCUUGACCAAUUUGGAGAAUUUGAAUGCCGAAGAGAAAGCCAGGGAAGAGGAUAUUCCCAUGCCUGAGCUACAGCACAACCUGAGGUUGAUUCUGGACUUAGCUGAGCUGGAUAUUCAGAAGAUUGAUAGGGAUCUGAGGAAUGAGAGGGACACGGCAAUCAGCUUGAACCAGGAGAAAGAGAGGCUGGCAACAGAGGCGGCCAGACAGAAGCAACACUUGGAUAGCUUGGGGUAUAUUAUGAGCGUGUUAGACCGACUGGGAGAAGAGAAUAUCAUGGGAACAUUGACGCUGGACUCCCUGGCAAAGGACUUUGGUGACCUACAGAAGAGAUACGCUGAAGACUAUGAAAUAUGUAACUUGUCUUGUAUUGCCUGUUCUUUUGCUCUACCUCUGUUUAUCAGGAUGUUUCAAGGUUGGGAUCCUCUUAGGAACCCGUCCCAUGGGUUGAAUGUGGUAUCCUCAUGGAAGGGUUUGCUUCAUGGAGAGGGGGAGAGAGAACAGUACCUUGAUAUUUGGGAUAAUACAAUGCCGCCUUAUACUCAGUUGGUUUCCGAGGUUGUGGUACCCGCAGUGAGGAUUGCUGGCGUCAAUACCUGGCAGGCCAAGGACCCUGAACCCAUGCUUCGCUUUUUGGAGUCUUGGGAGAAAUUGCUACCCUCUUCUGUCCUUCAUGCCAUAUUGGAUAUGGUAGUCUUUCCCAAACUGAAGGACGCAGUUGACUUGUGGGAACCUCACCGGGACACUGUUCCCAUCCAUGUGUGGGUGCAUCCAUGGCUACCACUCUUGGGACACAAGUUGGAGGAGUUGUAUCACACAAUACGCUUCAAGUUGAGUAAUGUUCUCGGUGCAUGGCACCCCAGUGAUGCCUCUGCCUAUACCAUACUCUCGCCGUGGAAGAAGGUGUUUGAUUCAGCCAGUUGGGAACAACUCAUGCAUAGAUUUAUAGUGCCCAAGUUGCAGCUUGUCCUACAAGACUUCCAAGUGAACCCUGCAGAUCAAAGACUUGAUCAGUUUAAUUGGGUGAUGAGUUGGGCUUCUGCUAUUCCAAUUCAUCUAAUGGUAGAUAUGAUGGAGAAGUUUUUCUUCACCAAGUGGCUACAGGUUUUGUAUCACUGGUUAUGUUCGAACCCGAACUUUGAAGAGGUUUUGAAUUGGUAUAAAGGUUGGAAGGAACUUAUUCCUGAGGAGCUUCAUGCAAAUGAAAGUAUCCGAUAUCAGCUUAAUUGUGGUCUUGACAUGAUGAAUCGGGCUGUUGAGGGUAUGGAGGUGGUCCAACCUGGUUUGAAAGAGAAUAUUAGCUACCUUAGGGUGCUUGAGCAAAGGCAAUUUGAGGCACAACAGAAAGCAGCAGCAGCACAAGCAAACUUGGGUGGCACUGCUCACAUGGAUAGCAGUGGUAAUGAGAUGAGCUUGAAAGAUGUUAUUGAAGCCCAUGCGCAGCAGCAUGGUCUGUUAUUUAGGCCUAAACCUGGGCGGAUGCAUAAUGGUCACCAGAUAUAUGGCUUUGGUAAUGUAAGCAUAAUAGUCGACUCUCUAAAUCAAAAGGUAUAUGCCCAAACAGAGGAAAGCUGGUCUCUUGUAUCCCUUGAAAGGUUGCUUGACAUGCACAAUAGUUCUCUUUCAAGAAGACGCUGA